AUGUCCAAAUCUGUGGAGGCCCCGAACCAGUUCAAGCAGCCCUCCCGUAAGGGCAAAAAGGCUUGGCGCAAGAAUGUCGACGUUACUGAAGUGCAGGAAGGUCUGCGCCAGUUGAAAGAUGAAGAGAUCAAAGGUGGCCUUGUUUCAGAGAAGCCAUCUGACGAACUGUUCAUCCUCGACACCACUGGAAACGAAGAUGUGCGGAGACAGAUCUCUAAGAAGCACAAGCCGCUCAAGGCGGACGAGAUUAUCGCCCAACGGUCUCUCAUUCCCGCCCUCGACGGUCGCAAGCGUGUAAAUUCCAAUGUCACCGAUGGAGUUAUUGAGCCGAAGACCAAGAAACACAAGAAGGACUGGGUCAGCAACAAGGAACUGCAACGCUUGAAGCAGGUGGCCCAGGACGGAACCCCUACCACCAAGAUUAACGGAUGUGAUAUCUACGACCCGUGGGCAGAGGAUGCCGAGCCAAGUGCGUCAGCCGUUGUAGACGACCCUCGUUUCAAUUUCUUGGUGAAGCCAAAGACAAAGGUCGCACCAGAGACCAUUAAGCACGCACCUGUGUCGCUUGCCGCCAAUGGAAAGCGCAUCCCAUCAGUUCGCACACCGAAAGGAGGUCACAGCUACAACCCUGUCUUUGAAGAGUGGGAUCGUCUACUAGAAGAGCAAGGUGCAGCUGCCGUAGAGGCGGAGAAGAAGCGCCUUGAAGAGGAAAAGAAAGAAGAGGAAAAGAGGCUCCUGCAAGAAGCAGCACAGGAUGAUGAUGGCGAAGUGAAGUCUGAUGAUGAGAGCGCUUGGGAGGGCUUUGAGAGCGAAUAUGAGAAGCCCGAGUGGCUGAACAAGAAGCGACCUGAGCGAAAGACCAAGACCCAGCGCAACAAGAUCAACAGGCGAAAGGAGGCCGAGCGCCAGGCGAAGUGGGAGGCUAAGAAGGCUGCGCUAGAGAAACAGGCUGAGCAAGUCGAGCUACUCGCCGAAGAGGCCAGACAGCGGGCAAUUAGCACGGCCAACGACUCUGAUGCCGAUGAUGACGAAGAGGGUGAUGAUACUCAGCUUCGCCGCAGGGCGUUUGGAGGAAAGCUUGCACCCCCGGAGAAGCCAUUGGAGCUUGUUCUUCCCGAUGAGCUUCAGGACUCCCUCCGACUGCUGAAGCCGGAAGGAAACUUGUUGGAUGACCGGUUCCGAACACUGAUUGUUCAAGGCAAGCUUGAAUCUCGCAAGCCGAUAACACAGGCUCGCAAGGCCAAGAGAAAGAUCACCGAGAAGUGGAUGUCCAAAGACUUCAAGGUUCCCGGCUUCGACUAA